AUGACGACUAAACAACAGUCUUCCCUGAUGGAGGAAGUAUCAAAGGCGCAGGAAACUCUGCAUGGCCUUUUUGAUGAGAUCGGUCUUACUAGAUAUGACCGAGAGGGGCGGCAAGCAAGCUUAUUCGCUGCAUUAAACACAGCUCUACAAGACCAAAUGCGCUCUGUUAUCGCGUAUGUUCUGAAUUCCGGUUCCUUCCCUUUUUUCUGCCUAUCACUAACAAGUGCGAAGGGAAAAAAAUACAUUGGUUGAAGAAUGCAACAAGGUCAUCUCAUCGAUAAAACAGAUGGAGAAAUCGCUCGACGAUAAGAAGAAAAAGUCUAGCGAGGAAUUGAAGAUCACUGCACCUUUGCUUAGAUGUUUGGAGGCGCUUCGGGGCAAGCAGGAGGAUGUCAAGGCAAGACACGCAGAGAGAUACGAAGCUGUCAGGGGUAAGCCAAUUCUCCAACCCUAUUCCGACAUUACAUGCUGAUUGCGUUGUAUUAGGAUUGGCACGUUCAGUCGAGGAAUACGCCAGUCGCCUUGAGUCGGGCAUAAUCCAGGUCCCCUUACCGCCCGCAACCGAUGAUUCCACAUCUAUUGGCGCAUUUGACCUAUCAUAUGCUUACUACGAGCGCCUUGAUAGUGAGUGCAACCGUAUAUACAAUGAAUAUACUAAGCGCGUCGCCAGCGUUACCUCACUGGCAAAGGACAUCAUCAAUCUUUAUGCCGAGCUUGGCGCAACAGGCUCGGGCGUUGACAGGACGAUAGUUGAGUUCGGAGCCACUGAUCCGGAGAAGCUGGGUUUGAAGCUGGACGACUUGGACAAUCUGAAGGGAAAGAAAGAGAGGCUCGUCAAUGAAAAGGAAAAACGUAAGGAGAAGAUUGAAGACCUCAAGCGAGAGAUUGGAGAGUUGUGGGACAAGCUGUGUGUAGAGCCUUCUGACAGCAAGAGAUUCCUUGCACAAAAUAGAGGCUUUGGUCUUAAGGUUAUUCGCGAGGUACGCAAAGCUAUACCGUUCCUCUUUUAACCUUUGCUGACGAUUUGGCCAAAUAUAGUUUGAAGCCGAACUCGACAGGUUGUUAGGACUAAAGCGCGAGAAUCUACAAUUAUUUGUCGAAGAUGCACGACAGGUUUUGCAAGAUCUCUGGGAUAAGCUCUAUUUCUCCGACGAUGAAAUCAUGCAAUUCCAGCCGGCCAUGUCAAGUUAGUUGCCCAGCCCUAAAUUUUGAGUAACCGAGAACUAAUUGGAUCGCAGAUGUCUAUACAGAUGCUUUGCUUACUUCUCACGAGAUGGAAAUCCGCCGUCUGCAGCUUCUAUUGGAAGAACGCGCUCCAAUAAUUAGCAUGAUCGAGAAACACCGUUCUCUCGUCAACGACCGCGAGCAGCUGGCUAUUUCAGCGAGCGAUUCGUCUCGUCUUGUUUCCCGUGGCGGUACUGGCAAUCGCGACCCUACCCGUCUUCUGCGCGAGGAGAGGAUGCGAAAGCGGAUCGCGAAGGAACUUCCGAAGGUAGAAGUGGAGUUGAAGAAGAUCCUAGAGGACUGGGCAGUUGAGUGCGGCGAACCAUUUUUGGUUAACGGAGAGCCAUACUUGCAAACCUUGAUUCGUCUGAGCCCUGUUCUUCAGUCAAGAGUGGGGGCUAAAGGAGUCGCUCCAGCUCAGGCGACUGCCAAAGCAGGGAAAUGGAAUCCUCCAGCUACAGGCUCCAUUCAGCGCGCUAGAUCUAAUACCGCGGGAUCUGGGCAUCCGAGACCUCCCUCCCGGCCAAAGACUCCCAGUGGUCCUCCUAUGAGAUCCAAGACUCCUACCGGAGGAUCUGCCCUUGUGUCUGCGUCGGUCGGUAGAUCGGGUGGGAGAAGUGUAGCCGCAUCACUCAGCAGGUCCAACAGUGUCAGGACCCCAGUGACAAAUUCACGUCCUCCGAUCCCUUACGCUUGUGCUUCCAGCGCUUCCACCACGUCCAGCAACGCUAGUUCCGGCUCGAGAACCCCGACCAGACUUCGUGCUCCAGUCUCGUUGUCAUCGUUCCCGGAUGCCGCCCCGCCCGACAAGUCCACAACCAGACUCGUCCGCUCCCAGUCUGUCAAGCAGCUUGAGCGCACAGGUCUCAACAAUACACUCGGGACUGCCCCAAGAAUGGGCCAGCUCCUCCCCUCCCAACCCAUGGGCCCACCGCAACUCCCGCCCUACCUCCGCCAGCAACAGGAAAAAGAUCGUGAGAGAGAACGCGAGCGUGAAUUCGAGUCCCAGCGCCACUCCAGCACCGGCCGAACUAUGGCCCGUGAAGGCACAGUGAUGAGCGUCCGCAGCGUGAGCCCGGAAUCUCAAUUCGGUGGUAAUGACGACGACGACGAUCAGAGAGAUUAUCGUGAGGGGACACCCAGACAGAAGGGCUAUCCGAAGCCUCAGGUCAAUUGCUCGAGUUAUCACGAGUCCUCGUCGUCAAAUGGAGAUAACGAAAGCACGCGCACGUUCUCAGGAAGCUCCACUGGGACAACCGCCACUAGUGCUAGCUCCAAUGAGAAUUGGCAGACUUUCGGCGAUGAGAGUGAAGAAGAGGGGAGCGUUGCUGGGGGUAAUGAUGGGGGUAUUAUAGGGGGGGAUACGAUGGAUAUCCUUCUAAGCGUGUCGGCGGUGGCGGAAUAG